UACAAUUGAUAUGUGCUGAGUAUUACUGUUAACAAUGCUCUGGUUAAUUUAAAGCUAACUUUGAUUAAUGUUUUUAAUAUCACUCUGUUGCCCUAUUUCUGUAGCUACUUGAAGCAUCCUUUCCCCCAUUCCCAAGAUAUUACUGAAAUGAGAACUUCCUGGGUAAAUAUUUCAAAUUAAUAAAUUAUAUUUUAAAGUCCAUUAAAAAUCGCUUGACAUUUUUCACAGGAAUAAAAACACUAAAGUAAGUAUCCUGGUAAAAUUUCAAGUUAGGAAAUUCACUUCUGCCAAAAUAAAUGCCCUUGCAGAGUCACGUGGAUAUAGUUGUUUUUCCCUUAUCAUUAUUUAUUACCCAGUCAGUGUUAGAGUUAGUAGGAAUUUUUUGAACACAAGUACUCCUUUUCUUUUUGCGAAUACAGACUAACACGGCUGCUACUCUGAAACGUGAACAAAAAAAAAUCUUUUUGUCAAAAAAGUCCCUUUUUCUUUGUCAAAACUAUUCACCAAAUGUCUAUACUUUCAAAAUUUGAAUUUUUUAUGAUUUGCUACAUUAAAAAUUUCAAUCAACAUUUUUGUUGUCAUUUUCAGUAUACUGUUUUUCCAUUUUAAAGGGUUCAGUCAAGCUCAACGUGCCAUUGUACUAGGUACAAACACCGGAGUUAACGAUAGUCUCCGCCCUGAGUUUAUAAUCUAAUUAGCUUGUCCUAAGUGGCUCUGAUGUAUGAUGCAGCUAUGAGGUGUUAAGAGCUGCCAUGUUCCACUCCAGAGAUGGCUGCAUUGCAAGUGAUGGGUGGAUCUACUUCUAAAUGUGUAAAAUGCUGUGUGCAACUUCAGGAUGAAAGCUAUGAGAUACAGUGUAAGAUGCUUGUUUCUGUAGUUUUGUUUGGACAGCAUUAAGCACGCUGAUGUUGCUCAAAAGAGUAUUGUUUGUUGCUUCUAGCGCCUCACUAUGCUCAGCACUGUGUAACAGACAGGAAUGCUCAUUCAAAACAUUGCUAAAAUAAAAGUGGUCACAUUUAAUCAAUGAGUUGGCUAAGUUUUGUGAUAUUUAAAUGUUUUUCAUUAGCCACUUGUUUUAGGGGUGAACAUUUGCAAAGAUAGACCAGUAUAGCUAUUUUAUUUCAAGUACAAAGUGUUCCAUUAGUCACGCAGUUAAAAUCAUCAUUAUCCAGAUUGUGAGCUCUUUGGGCCAGGGACAGUGGCUUCUACACAUGAGGACAGCCCCUAGCACAUUAUAGGUAUUCCCAAGAUAGAAAUAAUAAAUCAUGAUACCGUUAGAUGUUCACUGCCAGCAUUUCUAGGUGGCUGAGCCUUGCACAACGUGUCUCCUCAUUUUACCAGGUUGAUCCAUUUGCUAAUUUCCUUUGUCUUCAGCUAAAAUCUGGAUCUUUGCUGUGUUCGGGUUGGGUUUGUUUUUUUUUUGUCUGUUUUGUUUUGUUUUUUUGGGUGAGUAGCUUCUUUUCUAGUCAAUGUGGUAGAGUAAGACAGAAGGCGGUUGCUCCUCUAUCCUGGGGAUUACAGUAGCUGCUGAUGCCAAUGAUGAGUCAGAGUGUUUGGUGCUGAUGUUGCUGCCAUUUCAUCAGCUCUGUGAUCCCCAGCAUCCCCUAUUCGCCAGCUCUCCAUCUUUACAACCCUGGGCAUCUCUGCGACUAAAGUCCACACUGGAGGAAGGGCUACAAUUCUUCUGGCUGCAGGGAAAUGAAACCUCUUCUCUGGAGCUAGUCAGGUGCCCUUGAGGACCAUCCCCUUGGUAAUGCUUGAAUUGGAGGCACAGAAUAAUAGAGCCUAGGAAGCCUUCUAGCAUCGGGUUGUUUUUUUGUUUUAAUCAAGAUCGGACUUCCUGAGCCUGGAGGCUUUGAUCUUCCUGUAUGCAGGGUGGAGUCUGUUUUGGUAAGGGGUAACGAAGGGGGGGAUCAGAGCCUUUUCUUGGCGUCCUUCGUUGCUGACCUGGAUUUAGGCUGCUGAGUUAUAGCUCUAGAUAUUUGUGUAAACACUGUGGGGGGAGGGCGGGAGGGAAAGGUUGGAGCCCUUGAAUGAGAGCUGGAAAUUCAAUCCAACCCCUUUUCUGCUUUUGUAUCUAGGCCAGCCACUGCCAAGUUCUUUUCAGUGAAUUACAAACGCAUUUCUCUGCAAUUGCAAAAGGAAAUACGGAUCAGUAGCAAAAUGCAUGUCGGAUCCUGAUUUAAAAAGCAAAACAACAAGCUGGCGAAGGGGGAAAUCUAGACUGGCUUGGGGCAAAAUGGAGACCAUCUGACCUUUGCAUUUCCAGCAGAGACAUCUUGCAUGUGUGUUGCAGAACUGGAGGCAGAGGGAGGGGGAAGGGGUGCAUUCCUGCCACCCGCCUCUCCCCCAAGAAGAUUUCCCAGCAGCCAGAAACCAUGACUGGACAGGGGAAGACGGAUCCCAUGCAUUCUGAAGGCAUCCCUGAUCUCCACCUUCCACGCAGACCUGCCCUUGUAGCGCUUGUAUUUCUCUCCUAAAUCAGAGCUCCAGAACCCAGCAGCAGCGGUGAGACUCGGCCGCCCUCUGGUGGGCGGUGCGGGCGAGGCAGCGCGCCCUCUGGUGGGCAGUGUCCCUCCAGCGCCCUCUGCUGGGUGCCUGCCUUGGACCCGGCUGCAGGACUAGGAGCAGAACCGCGGGGCACCUGCUGGCCGCAGAGCCUCCAUCGCAUCCGCUCCGGGCUCGGCAUGGGCUGGGCGGCGCGUGCCUUGAGCUAGGCGCUUGGCAGAGGCUGCAUUGCACCGGGCGAGGCCAGAGCGGGGCGAAGCAUGGAAGCGAUUUGGCUCUACCAGUUCCGCCUGAUCGUGAUCGGAGACUCCACCGUGGGCAAAUCCUGCCUGAUCCGCCGCUUCACCGAGGGGCGCUUCGCCCAGGUCUCGGACCCCACGGUGGGCGUGGAUUUCUUCUCGCGGCUGGUGGAGAUCGAGCCGGGGAAGAGGAUCAAGCUGCAGAUCUGGGACACGGCCGGGCAGGAGCGAUUCAGAUCCAUCACCAGAGCCUACUACAGAAACUCAGUAGGCGGGCUCCUCUUAUUUGACAUUACAAACCGCAGGUCCUUCCAGAACGUCCAUGAGUGGCUCGAAGAGACAAAGGUGCACGUCCAGCCGUACCAGAUUGUCUUUGUUUUGGUAGGUCACAAAUGCGACCUUGACACACAGCGGCAAGUCACUAGACACGAGGCUGAGAAACUAGCUGCUGCAUACGGCAUGAAGUACAUUGAGACAUCUGCUCGGGAUGCCAUUAACGUGGAGAAGGCCUUCACUGACCUGACUCGAGAUAUAUAUGAGCUUGUUAAAAGGGGGGAAAUUUCGAUCCAGGAAGGCUGGGAAGGGGUAAAGAGUGGGUUUGUACCGAACGUAGUGCACUCUUCAGAAGAGGUGGUGAAAUCAGAUAGGAGAUGCUUGUGCUAAUCACUUCUAGUGAGAAAAGCUAUGAUGAACUCUACUAAUCAAACAUACUCUACUAAGUGACUUCAGUGUGACGGAAAGGGAUUGUAACUCUAGCAUGGUGAAUGGCCUCACACGUUGUUUUGGACACCAGAGGAACAGAACCAGGAAAGCAAUGGUCCGUUCCAAAUAACCUCUUUCAGAAUUGGGGUGGCUACAAACCUAUGUGAGAAUGAACAAAGGUGCAUGUUUAUGUUGUAGGAGACAGGAGGCAUAAGAACAAGAGAGGAUCUGAAUGAGAUGGUACAGAACAGGGAAUUUUACAUGUACUGUUUUUGUGUGCCAUGUGUUGAAGCCACAGUCUGAAAAGUCUAUUAAUACAACACACAUGAGAGGAGAGAGAAAAUCUUGGUUUGCAUCAACAAUAUAUUUCCAGGAAGAUUAGAAUAUAGUGUGGUUGCCAUUCAUGAAUGUUACUUCCAGGGUUAACUCAAAAGAAAUAUAUUUUACAGAUAUGGCACGCACACUUUUGGGGCUUCAUGUUCUUGUACCUCGUUAAAACAUAGACUAAGACUGUAGUAUGGUACUUUAACAGGAAAAUAAGGGUUAUUUUAUUGAUAACUAAAACUUAACCAUCACCAUCCCCCUAAAGAGGGGUGUUUUCCUUGCCCUGCCUAGCUGAGACUAAGGGCUAAGUCCAGCAUGACAGCUCCAAUUAUAAUUAUCAGAUGACUUUAUAAAUACCUAUUAUCUCUCUCCAUGAUUGUAGUAGAAGUACCUCGACUAUAUGGAUUUCCAAUAUAAUUAACAGAUCAUGAGUAUAAAGCUUCCUCAGUGUAUCCUCACAUCCAGUAUCUCACAGCUGGGUCAAGGCAACCGGUGAUUAGCAGCCAGGUGGGGAAUGCAGAUAUUUCUGUCUUACUGUCAGAAGUAGGGUGAUGUUGGCAGCAUUUCAGUGUAAACUUACAUUGCUCCUUAGGAAAAAAGGAAAGAACAAAAGAAAACUAAAAAGAUUUAAAGCAAGAGCAUCAUACAUCCCUGAAGGUGGAGUUUUCUUUUAAAGAACAAGGGAAAGAGCUGGGUCCAGUACUGAAAGCAGGGGCUAGGGGCAGCAGUCUCUGCUCUUAUUGUGUUGCUUUCUUUACUGGCAUCUGGGGAAGGAGAGAAAUAGGAAGUGGAAGGAGGGGUAUAGAGCUAAAGUGUCUGAGAGGGUGAAAAGGGAAGAAGAGAGAAGCAUAGGAGAAAACGUCUUCUCUUUGUUUUAUUUAUAUUCUACCCAAGAUGGGGCCUACACAGGGCAGGUAGCUGACUUUAAAAGGCUAUAAUUAAGUGUCUGUUUUCUGGGAACACCAUCGUGUAAGUACUGUAUUCACUAAAGCUUUUGGAAUGCAGAAGGGUAACAAUGCGCCUGCAUUGUGCCGAGGAGGAUCAACAUGUUAGAAAAACGUAAAGUGACAUUUAUUCAAGUUUGUGAGUUUUACAAGCCAAACUGUUAAUUUGGUUAUGAGGGAUUAGGCAAACCACAUAAGAGAUCCAGCAUUUGAAUCCAGGCCUCCAGGUAGACAAGAAUAAAGUACUUCUAAUUGCUCCUCUAAGGUACCAUGUUCCAUAAGAGUAUGAUUUCUGACAAGUUGAAUCUGUCUCUCUUCAGAUCCGUUCUUGUAGUUUGUACCAUUUGAGCCCAAGGUGUCAUAAAAAUAACAAGACCAUUGCUUAAGUAUAAAAGCUGUAAACAAAUUAAAAUGAAUAAUAUUUUACCUUUAAAUUUUCUAGUAACAUUUGCAAUCCUUGAGCUCAGCAGGUGAGAGCCAACAUGGUGUGCCACUGUGAAUUCAUAGGCAGCGAACGUAGAUCUAGAGGAUAUUGAAAUGGGGGUUGGCUGCGGGAAAUGAUACAGCCUUUUACUUCUGAAUACCGGUGGUCAAUCUUGAUUAGGUCAUAACUGUACUCAGUUUGCUGACCUAACUCUAAGACCCCCAUUCAACUCCCACUGAAGUCCAUGGAAGCCUUUCCAAUGAUUUCAAGAGAAGGUAGAUCUGGCCCUCAGUCUGCAGCGUGCAUUACAAAACCUCUUUCUUGAAUGGCCCAAUUUGGCAUGAUCGGGAGUCUAGGCUCAGGAGAGACCUACAACAACAUGGGUAUUGCAGGCUAUCCCCCCUCAGCUUGCACUGAUGUCAGCGAGAACUGAGGGGCAUUGGUGGAGCAUGGUGAGGCACAUACAGCAUUUACCCAGAGUGGUCAGGCUCUCACAUGCACGAACAAGAGCAGACAUAUUUAAACAGGUCCAAUGUAUUUAUGUACCUUUAUUCACUGAAUGGAAAAUAUGCCAAGCUACCAUUUUAGCCUUUCAAGGCAGAGCCAGCUCUAAAGUGGUCUCAGAUUUUCUAGUUUAAACAACAAUCUGUCUUAAAUGUAGAGAUUUUGGUUUAAUCAAGUAAUACUCUGUGAACAUCGAAGGAAGUAAAACUCUUGGGGCCUAUCAUGUUUCCUGUAUCAAAGUCUCAUGAGCCAGCAUAGCAGGAUCUCACUAAUGGGGAAAAUGAUUGAGCUUUUCACUGCAUUUCCUUUUCUUUUUUUCUUUUUUUUGUUUAAAUGAUAAAGAAAAUCUACAUUUCGGUAAGUGGAGUUGGGUUUUUAGUAUUUAAAUAUAAAAUUUAGAAAAGUCAUAAAAAAGCUUGUCCAGGCUUUGAGUAAGCCUUGAAUUUGUAUUGUAAGUAUAGUUCAAAAAACGUACAGUCUGAGGACAAAAAUCUGUGCUAUCUGAAACUAACUACUUAAAAAUAAUGAAACAAAAGGAAAUGGUUAAUAUUGAAUAAAAGAGCAUUGUGUUCACCUGUUUUCUAAUUCCUUGCAUUUUCUAGGCAGCUUAUAAAAACAAAUAGACAACGUAAUACAGUCAUGUGUACAAGUCUGGGCUGUUUUUUUCUUUUUCUGAAAUGAAAAACCUUAUAGGCUUUGAUAAACAUUCUUUUCUAACAACUGGUUUUAGUGCUUUGACUACUGCAAGAGGCAUUAGAGAAAUCAGAUGGUGGUAUCAUUCAAAAGAAACAUCCAGGAGUUUUUACUCUAGGACAAAGAAAAACAAAACUUUUUGUGGCACAGGUCACAGAUUAAAAACAAUCUGCAUGUUGGACUGGAAUUUCUCAGAACCUCCAGAAUAAAGUAUACUGUACACUUUUCCUUGCUUUCUGUUAUGCACUGUAAUGAAAUGUGGAACCCCCGCCCCCCCCCCGCUGUAUUUAGCUGUAUGUGAAUGAAACAUGCUUGUAUUUAGCAAAAUUGUUAAUGUGAUUAUGUGAAAUUCAAAUCUUGUAAAGAAAAACUUGUGUUUUUUUCCUUCCCCCGCACUCCCAUUCUUCAUCAGUGAGCCAUCUAGUAACUCCGUACUUCUACACAGCAACCAGGACUGAAAAUCCAAUACAAAAUAAUAAACAACAUGCACUCUGUUUA